AUGAAGAAGGUGCUGGUGCCGAUUGCGAACGGGUCGGAGGAGAUAGAGUCGGUGUGCAUCAUCGACACCUUGCGCAGGGCAGGUGCUGACGUGACAGUGGCCUCGGUGGAGGCUACACGAGAGGUGACCUGCUCCCGCUCGGUCAGAAUACUGGCAGAUGCUCUCAUAACCGACUGCCUCGGCAACGUCUACGACCUCGUUGCCCUUCCUGGUGGUAUGCCGGGCGCUGAGCGAUUGAGGGACAGCGACCAGCUGAAGGAGCUGCUGACACAGCAGAAGCAAUCAGGCCGCCUCUACGCUGCCGUCUGCGCCUCACCAGAUGACAAGCAGGCUACGUGCUACCCGGCGCAGAAGUUCGUCGAUGCGCUCAAGCAGAAGGACAACCUCGAGCAGAGAGUGGUGGUCGAUGGCAACUGCGUGACGAGCCGCGGGCCAGGAACUGCGCUCGAGUUUGCGCUGCAGCUGGUCGAGCAGCUCUACGGCGCCGCCAAGGCCCAGGAGAUCCAGAAGGCCAUGCUCGUGCCGUCCUACUGA